GUGGCUGUUGGAUUAGUUGGAAUCCCCAACUUCUCCCGGAUGCUUGCUUGCGUGGUCUAUUAACAUGUGUUGUGCUUGUUAAUAGUUUUGUGAUGGUUUUGGUUCUGAACUCGAGGACCGAUUGGUAGAGUUCAGUCCAUCGUGAAGUGGGUUUGCACGGUAAGCUUGGUCCGAAAGGGAACUUUGGUUCUCAUCUAUUACUUGUAUGAUCGCAAUGAUGUACUUGUAAUGGUCCGGCGAUGAUGAGUCUCCUCACAACCUUGUAUUGUUACUCUACACCACUUAGGACCAAUAAGGUGGAGAAUGUUGGAGGUAUUGGUCCUACCAAGGCCUCCCUUCCAUUUUAUUAUUGACUUGCACCCAUGUUUACUCCCACUUUGAUACCUUCUUUUGAAUCUCUCCUAACCAAUAAUAUGGCCAUUUUGACUUAUGUGGAGUGACCCCAAAUGAGUUGUCCGCUGCCUCCUCCUUUGUCUUUGUUUCACCCGUGAGUGUCCUUUAGUGUUGGCCAGUCUAUUAUUUAGCAGCUCUCUUCUUCCUUGUGAGCUUGUCCUGCGUGAGAGAAAAUCCAGAGAGCAGACCCCUUCUCCUUUCCUUUGUGUGUAAGUUGAGAGAGGUACCUUAGUGGUGGAGAUAAAACAUGGUGUUGUGUUAUGGUCUAGCCUAGGGUGGUGUAUGUGAGCCUAUUGUGGAGGUUGGAGACCUGAGCCGGAAAGAAAUCGACACCCAACAAGAUGCAUAGGCUAUCUAGCUUGCCGAGAUUGCAGCUUCACUCCGUGCACUCGUGAAGGCCAUGGCACCACUGGAAAAAGAGCCCGCGUCAACCAGCGACGCUGCAUCAGGACACACUAUCGACAGUGGGUGGUGCAACACGGCGACCACCUUGUUGCCCUCAUUUGACGACUAAGACCCAAUCAGAUGGAUGUUCAGGGCUGAACAACCAUUCAAACUCAAUCAAACAACACGAGGAAGAAAAAUUGCAGCCGCUAUGGUACCCAUGGAAGGGGCUGCCCUGUAGUGGUUAACCUGGUUGAAGGCACGGAACAGGACAUGACCUGGGAGGAAUUCACACAAGCACCGGUUGCCCGAUUCCAAUGGCUGUCCGAGGUUAAACAGAUGGGAACCAUAGAUGAAUAUAAUACCCUUCUUGUUCAAUUGACCAGUCAGGUUCCCAGACUGUUCGAUGAUUAUUAUUUGGGACAUUACAUGAAUGAACUGAAGGGACCAAUGCGAGGCUCCCUACAAUUGCUGCGUCCAGAUAAUCUCGAAACAACUAUGGAAUUAGCUAGGGAUAUCGAGGAUACUCUGUCCUGUCAAAAUGAAGGGGAAGUCAAUCUUAUAAUUCAGAACGCGUUCGAGCAUUACUGUCGACCAAGAAUGGGCCUAUAUGUAUCCUCAAAAGGCAACAACAUGCGGAGGUCUACUAACAGUUUUUCAAAAGCUACAGGACAAGCCACAAGACCCACUUCAGGGCAGUCCGGGCAAUCCACUGCAUGCUCUAGAUUCACAUGACUGCCGUUUAAGCAGUUAAAGGUAAUGCUAGCGGAGGAAGAUGAUGAGCUGGACUUGAGCACAAUUACUUUGAGAUAACCGGCUAGGAGGAAAUUCCGGAGGAUCAGGACAUCAUGGGAGAUGAUAGGGGAGACUUUCCCAUCUAUGCUAUUACUGGAAUUUUUAGUCCGAGAACCAUCUUUUCAAGGCUAGGUAGGAAGCCAUAAAAAGUUUUGGGUUUUAGAAAUUUUGUGAUUAUUAACUAUUUGUACUAUUUGUAUAUACUUACACUACCAACCCUUAUAAAAAGGUAAACCC